CACCAUGGUAAUAGAAACAGCGUCGGGUUGAGCGUGGGGGCGUGGUGCAUCAUGGGAAAAGGCUUUUAGUACAAUGGUGCCAGCGUCAGGAAAAGGCGAACGGCAGCAACGAGACUUUUCCGCAAAUUUAAACGUAAAGCUGACAUCAGCUAGUAAUGUCUGGAGGGAAGAUGCCGAACUGUCCUUUAUCUGCCUCCAAGGGGUUCAGCUCGACCCCUAUCAAGAUUACCCAGGGGAAAGACUUCCACACUACCAGCCAGUCAGCCGAUGGCGUUCUGUCUGACGACGAAGACACAUUUUCCCUGCUCUCACCCAUCUAUCAUGACAGUUUUGACAGUGGUGAAGAAGACUUGGAUCGCAGCCCAGUUCAGCAGCCUUCACCCAGGCACCGCACACAUUCAAGGCUCAGUAAUUCACCAGUCAGAUGCGAGCUACCCAAAACACCUUCAGACCAGAUGCUUAGUCCAGAUGUUCAUCCUGCUUCCACCACUCUGAACGCAUGGGAAAUGUGGCUGGUGAACAAAGCCAAGAAGGAACGCCUAAGAUUGGAAAAGAAAGCCGAAGAGGAGCGCCUACUCAAACAAAAAAAAGAACAACAGGACAGAGAGGAGGUACAGAAAAAAAUUGUCAUGGAGGAGAGAAUCCAAGAGUGGCUCAAGAUGAAAAGACAACAGGAGAAGCAAGAGCAAUUAAUAAAACAGAGCAAAGAGGAGGAGGCGAUACAGAAGCAGCAGGAGAAACAAAAGGAGACUGAACGGAAAGCUGAGCAAAAAUACAGAGACUGGCUGCAGAAGAAGAACAGAGAAAAAAUGGAAAGAGAAAAAAAGGAAAAGGAGCAGGUUGCCUUGAAGGAGGAACAGGAAAAAGAGCGCAGGAGGAGGGCAGAGGAAAGGUUCAAAGAGUGGCUGGCAAAAGCUAAUGAAAAAAGCAGCGCAAGUCCCAAAUCACCUUGCUACCCUACAAGUCCUUAUGACAAAUCCUACCCAUCACCCAGCUUCUACAAUCCGAUUCCAUGGAAACCAAUUCCUGUCCCUCCUCCAGAAACACCAGUGAAUAAGACGUCUGUCAAGAAACCUCAGAAACAUAGAACCCGCCAACAAAGCCCCAUCCCCACUUAUAGACUCAGAAAUACUGUCAGUGCAGGACAAUUGCUGCAGAGGAGAUGACACGGCACUCUGACAUCUUUGCUUGUGUUAUUGUAUCCUAGUUACAGCUCUGAUAUGAUUUCAUCCACACCACUGCAAGCUCCUCAACAGACGUUUUUUCUGAAUCACACGAGUGUGCCUGUGGCAAUUAAGACAUGAUUCUUUAUGUAUGUCUUAUUCUUAUGGUUGUAGUUGGAGCAGUUCUAUAACACAUUCAGAUGUAAUGUCUGUUCGGGGUUUAGAAUACUUUCCAUAUUUUCCAAGAUAUUUUGUCUUGUAAUUAUAAUCAUCCUCAACAUAAGAAUGCGCAGCAUAAUAUGUGGCAUGUUAUGUAAAUUAAAUCUGAUUGUUUUUAUGAUAAA